AAGAUAACGAGAAGCAAGGGGCAGCGACAGCGUGGCUGUCAUUUAGCAAUCGCGCAAUGAAUGUUAGUUAUCCUUGGGAAUGGUGGCGGCCCCCUCCAGGCCCCGGGACGGGGUGGCCGCCCCGCCCCCAUCACCUGAGCCCUCCGUCCCUGCCCCCAGCCCCGGCAUUGGACUCGGCGGCCGCCGGGGACCUGACGGACGCGCUGUGCGAGUUUGACGCGGUGCUGGCCGACUUCGCGUCGCCCUUCCACGAGCGCCACUUCCACUACGAGGAGCACCUGGAGCGCAUGAAGCGGCGGAGCAGCGCCAGCGUCAGCGACAGCAGCGGCUUCAGCGACUCCGAGAGUGCAGAUUCACUUUAUAGGAACAGCUUCAACUUCAGUGAUGAGAAACUGAAUUCUCCAACAGACUCUCCUGCAGCUCUGCUCUCUCCCCCUGUCACUCCUCGGAGAGCCAAGCUAGGAGACACAAAAGAACUAGAAGACUUUAUUGCUGAUCUUGACAGAACGUUAGCAAGUAUGUGAAACAAGGAAAGUUCUGGGUCCUUUCAUCAUAAGAGGGAAGCUUCAGAAAGCUCUGAGGACCUGGUAAAAUCAGCUAUAGAAUUUGCUGCCAGAGGAGACAGAGAUGAGCACUCACCUACCACCAGGCCAUACUCAGGCUCACCCUAAAACCAGCCUUUGGACUCAUCUCUGAGCAAUUUAGACAGUGAAACUGACUUUGUUUACCUGCUUGCAGUGUAUUAGAACAGACAACCCAUGCUAAUAUUGUAUUUUCUCUUAAAACAUAGCUUUCCUGUAAUUUAAAGUGCUUUCAUGAAAAUAUUUGUAAUUAAUUAUAUAUAGUUGGAAACAGUAAUGUGCUUUUACCAUUAUAAUAUAUUUUUGUAUGCAAAUAAAAUUUGAACUGGA